CCUUCCCUCAAUUUUACUAAUGUGUAUAUUCGGGAAGGUUCCACUACUUAUUGUAUAAGUUAUGUCUACGGUCCUCCAACUAAGCAACCACGACAGGAUCUCUGGCGAAGAAUGCAACGACGAGCACCUUUAUAUUAUGUUACUCCAAGACUAGUUCUCGGUUAUUUUAAUGACAUCAAAUCUAAUGAGGAGAAAGUUGGGGGUCGUCUUCGAUCAGAAUCAAGCUUUGAAGCUUUUCGUUCUAUGAUUGUUGGUAACGGAUUACAUGAUCUGCAAACUAUUGGUGAAACCUUUAUAUGGGUUGGUUCUUGUCAUGCAUUGAUGGAGCUAUGGUUAAUACUUUAUGGUCCGAUCUGUUUCCCUCGACGUACACUUAAUUACUUAAUUGGUUGGGUUCUGAUCACCGACCGUUAUUGGUUUACACGGAUACUAAGGCGUGGAAAUCGAAUAAAUUUUUCAAAUACGAUAAUCGAUGGCAGCAUGAUCCUCAAGUUAAAGAAGUUGUUUCCACAGCCUGGCAGGAGAGAUGUCAACAUCUUCCUCCACACCAGUUUGGCCAAGCUAUUAGUACUCACCAGUGGGAUCAGGAUCAGUUACAUAUCCUCUUUGCACCAAGUGAUGUUCAACAAAUCAACCGCAUUCAUCCAUCAAUCACUA